GUCCGGUGUCUUCUGGGACACAUUACAGGUCCCAGAAGACGCCGGGCCAUUCACAAAGUGCAGCGCUUCUCGCGCAUGUGCAGUCCACAGUCUCUGGUCAUCCCCUGUACUGUCUGCAGUCUCUUGGUCAUCCCCUGUACUGUCUGCAGUCUCUGGUCAUCCCCUAUACUGUCUGCGGUCUCUGGUCAUUCCCUGUACUAUGUCCGCGGUCUCUGGUCAUUCCCUGUACUGCAGUCUCUGGUCAUUCCCUGUACUAUGUCCGCAGUCUCUGGUCAUUCCCUGUACUAUGUCCACAGUCUCUGGUCAUUCCCUGUACUGUGUCCGCAGGCUCUGGUCAUCCCCUGUACUACGUCCGCAGUCUCUGGUCAUCCCCUGUACUGUGUCCGCAAGCUCUGGUCAUCCCCUGUACUAUGUCCGCAGUCUCUGGUCAUCCCCUGUACUGUGUCCGCAGUCUCUGGUCAUCCCCUGUACUGUGUCCGCAGUCUCUGGUCAUCCCCUGUACUGUGUCCGCAGGCUCUGGUCAUCCCCUGUACUACGUCCGCAUUCUCUGGUCAUCUCCUGUACUACGUCCGCAGUCUCUGGUCAUCUCCU